UUCAUCCGUUACCUGAUCUCGUCCAACAUUGGUGAGGUCGUGUCCAUCUUCCUGACUGCCGCUCUGGGUCUGCCAGAAGCUCUGAUCCCAGUCCAGCUGCUGUGGGUCAACCUGGUCACUGACGGUCUGCCAGCUACUGCCCUCGGCUUCAACCCACCGGAUCUGGACAUCAUGACCAAGCCACCGCGCAAGGCUGAUGAAGGUUUAAUCUCGGGCUGGUUGUUCUUCCGCUACAUGGCCAUUGGUGGAUAUGUCGGUUGCGCUACCGUUGGUGGUGCCGCCUGGUGGUUCAUGUUCUCCGAGACUGGCCCGCAGCUGUCGUACUGGCAGCUGACUCACCAUCUGUCCUGCCUGGGUGGUGGCGAAGAGUUCAAGGGUAUUGACUGCAAGAUCUUCAACGAUCCUCACCCAAUGACCAUGGCUCUGUCUGUGCUGGUCACCAUUGAGAUGUUGAACGCCAUGAACAGCUUGUCUGAGAACCAGUCUCUUGUCCAGAUGCCGCCAUGGUGCAACGUGUGGCUGAUUGCCUCCAUGUGUCUGUCGUUCGCUCUCCACUUCGUCAUCCUCUACGUUGACGUUCUUUCCACCGUUUUCCAAGUUACUCCACUGAACGGAGAUGAGUGGAUGACCGUCAUGAAGUUCUCGCUGCCGGUCGUGCUGCUGGAUGAAAUCCUGAAGUUCGUCGCCAGAAGGAUUUCGGACGGUGAGAGUUACAUAAAAAAUAUGCAUGGACUAGUGUUAGUGUGGGCCGUUUACUUCGCUUACAUCAUAUGGGGUCCAUAAUGGCAGUGAGAUGGUAACAGAACAACAUCUUCUGCGAUACUGCGCUACCCAUAACCGCUACCACUGCUGCAAAAAAAAAAGCGUACAAGCGUUUGCUGCUAGGGACAAAAGGGCAAGGACAGGUAGUAGACACGAUCCACAAAAACCCACAAUAACAACAGCAACGGAAAACACACAGUAGAGCAGCAGCAGCAGCAGCAGUUCGGUGAAAGUGUCGCCCGACAGUCGGCCGUGCUCACCGGAGCAACUCUCCCCCGUCACACUUUCACGAAGCACGCAUAUAAUACAUACCAAUACACACAACCACUUUCGCUCAUACACUCUCAAUCGGAAGUACCGGACAAUUCGUAGGAAAACAACAGUUAGGCUAGGAUUCUCGGUGUUCUCGGUGUUACACACACCUACACACACAGUUCGGUUUUGCUCAUUACAAACGAAAAUCCCUUUUUACAGUAAUAUUUAUUAACAAACUCGUCAAACAGUGUUGCAUAGCGCAAAACGCAAAAGGUUAAACACACACACACACUCACACACAAUACGAGAGAGAUAAGACAAAAGGAAUCAUUCAUGCUUUGCAACGAGUCCCCGCGUGUGUAUGAGAGGAGGAGUAGUACGGGGUAUGGUGUGAGCGGGCAGCUCUUCCUGUCCCAUCCCCCUGUGUCAGUUUGAUGUUUAUCAAGCGAGAGAGAGAGAGUUUCCCUCUGUUUUUUUUUUUAAAUCGUUACUAUAAUCAUUACUUAGCAAACUACUUCUACUUCUUUGCUGAUGCUUGCGCGCACCUUUUGCGUGCAGCGCUCGGGCAUAUUAUACAUAUAUACAUAUACAUAUGUUUGAACUAUUUAGCGAAUACCGAAUUGUGUAAAGUUUAGAUAAAGAAAAAAAACAGUACGUUGACCGUGGUAAAAUCGUUUGUUUAUGUGCGCACGCAUGCAAACCUCCGGUGGAAGCACGGAGGAGCCAGAGUUAGCUGAGAGCGGUCGCGAGAUUAUUUUUAAUGUGUGCCUGUGUGUGUGCGUGUUGUGUCGGAUAUCACCAAGGUCCUUGGUACUCCCACGGUAAACUCCUUGGUGGUGUGGCGCAAUAACAACAACCGGGGGGCGUUUUAGGGUAUAGAUCGUGCCAGGAGCAAGAACAGAGAGUCAGCGCGUCAUUUUGUUGUGAGGCUUAGCGCCGCUUGAUGUGUGCGCAGUUUGCAUACUGAGGAUGCAAAAUCGAGUGUUAGCGGCAAGAGGAGAUAGUAGUUGGCAUAUUGUUAUGUUUUUUGAAUGCAUUAGCAGUUGCGGGGGUUUUUCGUCGCACCGAGCACUCAUCUAAUCGAAGAAUUUAGUCCCCAUAUGGAUUUCAUACCAUCACUGAGUCCAUACAUUUCCAACGCGAAGAAAGCUCAUUCACACAAACACACACGCACUCAUCAGGAACACGCGCAGUAGAGGUGGAUUCGGUUUUUUUUUUUACAAAACUUACCAAGAGCAUAGGGCAGAUUUAAAUUUUGUAUAGAGCGAGCGGCAGCAGUUUGUUUUACACCGAAAAAUCUCAGCAGUAUAAUUGGACCCCAUAUACCUAGAACUAUCUACAAUGUUUGCGUACUGUUACUGUAAGGCUUGCUGGAUGAUGUUGCCGCUGAACCUUCACCAACAUACUACAAAAGGGCGUGCAAGACGCCACCGUAUGUGAUUGCAUAUAAUAGCAGGAAUGAGUGAGCAAAAGCGCGCUAUUGUUACGAUUAAUUAUAACUACCCUUUCUACUGCUAUCCCACCACCACCAACAACUUCUUAAAUUAAAAUCAUUCGUGAUAUCCCGCUAGUUUCAUCAGAGGCUUUUGCCUGUGAUCACCAUCACUACCACCACCACCACCACCCCAAAACAUCAAUCUUCCAAAGGUUUCUCAAUAUAAUAACCCCCCCUCCCCCAUAGUACGGCUAAGAGUGCGAACGAUUUUUGUAACCUAUUUUUACGGCCCAAAACAUGUUUUCAAACACCAUACAACGAAGAAAUGGUGCAGCUUACGAGAGUGUUUUCUUUGUUUUGAACUGCUGUUUUCCUUAGUUUUAUACAUUCUUUGAUGCUUUGAUAAGUUUGAGCGAGUUAUGUUUUGUUUGGUUUUACUUUCGUUUUUGGCUUUUGGUUUGAGUUAAAUUUUAAGAUUUCCUAGCCCCCGAACCCUUCUUUGGGGGAGGGAAGCUUUAACCCACACUUGAUUUAAAUUACACAAAAAAGAUAAAUGAUUUAUUACACAAAGCAAUAUCAAACGAGGGAAAGCGAGCGAUAUCCCACAACAACUAACCCCUCCUGCUCGAUCGACACCGAUCGAAACAAAAAACUAGUUCUUCCUCGCAACCCGAAUCUAACCGGAAAAGCCUGGCCUAGUUUGAAUACCCCAAAAAGGUGCCGACACGCACACCAACACCACAAGAGAAUGAAGCGCUUCUUUCGGAGAUUUCCUCUAUCUGCAAACAAACCGUGUUCUUACACACCCCUUACUCUACUACUUUCGCUUGUAAGGGAGGGCGUAUGUUUUUCGGAGCGUGAAUUACUUAACUUAUUUAAAAAAUCGAAAUCGGAAGGUAAAUACGUAAGUUGCGCAUAAAGUCACAACAAAAAAAGGGGGACAGCAAAGGACGUCGAUGGUGGCGAGUAAUUUAAACGAGAAAAUACGAGGAGAGAAGAGCAGAAGCAAAUAACUAAUUGAUGGUUUUGUUGAUGAACGAUGACAUAGUAGACCGUGCGAGCGAGGGAUGUUCACGGCAGCUCUGUAAGAAGGAAAGGCUAGAAAUUCUAGCAGUCAAGGGAAAACUCUUUCGCACAAACAGCGAAAGCCUCUAUUACAACGAUUCGCCUGCAAAUACUAUGCAACUUGGUUGGUGGGUAAAGAAAAUCGUUCGGUUUUCCCUUUUUUUGUUUCUGUUGCCCUGUUUUGUCUCUUUUGGCGUCCUACAUGCCAUUCUGCGCGAUGCCGCGUUGUGGUGGCUGUGCUCUUCCGGUCUCGGGGGGGUAAAUCAAACAAUGAGACUAAACUAGUUGAACAUCAUGAUGAUGAUGAGAAUGUGUGCCUAGAAUAGGAACGAGGAGGAUGUAGGAGAAUGUGAGAAAAACGAAAGAAAAAAAAAACCAUACCAUUGAGGCAUAGUUUUGCACCGUUAUUCCAUCCAGCGAAUGCUAAAACACACACAUACACACAAAACUGCUUUAAAAGAACAGAGAUCGUAGAUAGGAUUUUCCCUUAGUGUCCUUAUGUUUGGUUUGAUCAUAACCCAGUCCCCAGCACAGUGUCUGAGGAUCUUCCUUGGGAGCAGUUGCACAUCUGAGCCUUUUUUGAUGUGGCGGUAAAAGGUUUGUCUAUUGUUUUCGCCCCUCGAGUUCAGUUUACAACGCGCCAAUAUUCUAUAGGUUUUUUUGUAUCAUACUCGUCGACUCGCGACGAUGAAAUGUAGCGGAAACAAGGCGUUCGAUUAUUGUCGAACUAGGUUUUUGGAAACGUUUUUUCUUGCUUUAUUUGUAUAAGAGAGAAUGAAACAACAAAUUUGAAUCAAAUGUCUCGUCAACCUGCCUAGCACCGGCGCCCUACUUUACCAACUCUUGGAGGAGGGUUGGGCGAUUGAACAGAAAGAUUUUUGCCCUGAAGGAUGAACCUCCGAAGUGGGGGAAGAAGAAAAUCCAUGCAGAGUGAAGACGGAAAUUGUUGUUUUACUCGCUAAAGAAAAGCAAAACCCCAUGAGAUAACAUCCUUCCCCAGUGCAGUUGUUAGAAUCGUGCAAGAAAAAAACACAUAAAACAUUAAAUCAUUAAAGAUCGUAAAAGAAGAAGAAGAGAUCCGUAGGUUAGAGGGACGGGAGAAGAAGAGAACAUAAGGAUACAUAAGUAACUACAACCCUUACAACCACUAACUAAGAGGAACGAGUAGAACAGUAGCUUAGGGAGAGAAAGAAAAUCACUAAAGUUUCUUGUUUUCCUGCUAGAAAUAUUUGGUACAGAAAAGAAGAACAUUAGCCUAACAUGAGAUGAGAAGAGAACCAGGCACUGAUCUUCUUUCAAGCCAAUAGUAUGAACCUCAAAGUCAAACACUAGUUCAAACAUGUGGAAGGUUUGGAAAUGAUUUCAACAACCAACAUCCAAAUAUUUCAAAUCAAGAGCGAAGAGAGCAAAUCCACCACUUCUCGACUCUGUUACUUCCUUUUACCAACGUGGAAGAAAAGAAAAACAUACAAGGGGGAAUAACUAAAGGGGUUAAUAAAAGUGGGAUAGAGCAAAAAAGAGAAACAUAAGUCAAAAAAGAAAAACUUGCAAUCAUAACACAAGGCAAAACAAAGGGAUAAAAUUCGUCGUUAUAGAAAUGAGUCGACGAAAUGCAGCGAAGGCGCCGCAGAGUAAGAAUAAAAGAAACAACAAACAAACAACAAACAAAAUAAAAAAAUAAAAAAA